ACAGACUGGUGAGACUGGGACUGGAGAGUUGUUGUGAAUUUGUGUGGCGUCGUGUCGCUUUAUAAGUGUACACACACACACAGUGUCCUUCAGCAGUAUUGGACGAAAAAGUGCGGGAAAAUGCAUUGCGUCAGUGGAAAUUGAAUUACACGGAUUUCUCUGGACCAGUGUUAACCAUGCUCUGCUCAUCAUCCAUCCACUUAAUCCGUUAACAUUGGAAAAUACAGCAGACUAAGUGUAAAUGUAACCAGUGCUGAGAAUCCAGACAUUGUCAUGCAUUGCUGAUGUAAGCUGAUCUGUGUCCUGUGUCUCUGAUGGAGCUGAAAGUUUGGGUGGAUGGAGUUGUACGAGUGGUUUGCGGCCUGUCGGAAGAGACGUCAUGCCAGGAUGUAGUCAUUGCACUCGCCCAAGCCAUUGGCCAGACGGGUCGUUACGUUCUCAUUCAGAGAUUGAGGGACACUGAGCGGCAGCUUCUGGCCAAUGAGCGCCCACUGGAGUCCCUGGCCAAACUGGGCCAACAUAGCAGUGAGGUGCAGUUCUUCCUGCGGCGGACCGGUCCCAGCAGCAGUGAAGAUAAAAGUCUGCACAGCCGCACCCUCCCUCACUCCAAGCCAUCCACGUCAGAACCUAAACGGGGACUACCGAAGAAAUCCUUAACCUUCAACCUGGGUCCUUCCUGUUCUCCUCAUACAAAAGCUCGUAAAACACCCUCUCCUGAACAGAGGGCAUCCCCAGUUCCUCACACGGCGUACCUUCCGGCGCCAUCUAAAGAGGAGGUGUUUCGGCAUGUUCUCCAGCAGCAGGAGCAGCUCCGUGCCCUUGAGUCCCAGCUGGUGGACUUGGACAGGGAAUGCGAGACUUGGGACCAGGCGUCUACAGAGGAGUCGUCCCUGCAGGCAGAGAUGGAAGUCUUGGAAAGUACCUUGUGGAAGAACCAGCAAGAGUUGGUGGACGAGGAGUUCUGGGAGGAGGAACUAAAGCUAGAGACCGAGAGGGAGCGCGGGAUGAAGCGGCGGUUAGGAGAGCUGCGUGCCAAACUGGACGACUGUGGGCAAAAGUUGCAUGAAUUCAACACUCGCGCAAUUCAACUUGAAAAGGACGUUCAGAGGGAAAUGCUACAGGUGGACACCUUGCCCAAUCAGCCCGAUUCAAAAGACUCUUUGGGGGUAGUCAAGGCAGAUGUUCAAAGUCGACAAAAGCAGGGGGAGGACUUGGAGGCAGAACUUGUAGAGCUUGAGAAGGCUUUGGGGAGGGCGGAGACUCUGCUGAAGGCAAAGCAGGAGGAAGUGGAGGAGUUGAAUAAGGAGCUCAGACAGUGUAAUUUACAACAGUUUAUCCAGCAGGCUGGAGCCCUGCCCACCCACACUCAAUCCCGCACAGACCUUAAUGAACACCCAGAAGAACUGGACCUGACUCAACAACAGCAGGACAAACACAAUGAUUCCCCCCCACGUGCCACUGCUAAGCAUUUCCUUGGUCACCCUCGAAACCUGCAGCACCCGCUGGUGUCCAGCCUGAACCCUGAGGUCCUGACUUCCAGGGAAUCGUCUUGGCGGUAAUAAACCUGAAGCAGGGCUAAGGAUGUAGAGUGGCUUUCUGCUUAAAUUCAUCUUAACUGGCAUCAGUAUAACAGUUCAUGUCAUAUAUAUCCUGUAUAUAUGAAUAUAUAUAUAUUAAUGAUAUAUUUACUACUUUUUGGUACAUUUCAAAAAAACAUGUAUUUACUGUAAAAUAUUACCAGAUUUUAUCUCGAGGACUUUUACUUUUGUUUAUGUAUUUAAUAAAGACUGUGCAUUGUGUCUUAGAUGACUUGCUCUUGA